AAUCUUUCUAUUAAUAUCUCAUUCUUUCUCCCAUUCCCAACAAAAUAUUAAUAGAGUUGUCCCAUCUCUUAAAAUUUUUUCCAAGAAGCCCCAACUUCAAAAGUUAAAAAAUCUUGUGAUGAGCUUGUUUUCUAACUGCCAGCUUUGGAGCAAAAAUAUAAAACCUUAUUAAAAAAUUUUACAUGUUCUUUAAUAAUAACUUACAGCAAUUAAAGAGCGAAACAGAUAGCAUGGCCAAGAAGAUUGAAGCCCUUGAAGCUUAUAAACGGAAACUGUUGGGGCAAGAUCUAGGUUUAUGUUCUAUUGAGGAACUUCAGGAGAUUGACAGAAAGCUAGAGACCAGCUUAAAAAAUAUUCGGGCAAGAAAGGUUCAGUUAUUCAAGGAGCAGCUAGAGCAACUAAAGGAAAAGGAGAGGUUGUUGUUAGAAGAGAAUGCCAGGCUAUCGACAAAGCUUGCUCCAACUACAUGGCUGCAACCAAGACCAAGACAACAAAAAGAAGCUCUAAUCAAUUUCAACCUAAAUAGCGACCACAGAUCAGAUGUAGAGACUGAACUGUUCAUCGGAUUACCCGAUAAUCGCAGAAAUGAGCCAGCAUUGAUAUGAUUUACUAGUAUUUGAAAAAGAAAUGUGCAUUUGGUUGAUCAUCAGGAAUUCUUCACUUCAACAAUCAAAUAACUCACUAUCCUCGAUCUAUACUUCUGCUAUGGCUUUUACUAAUUAAGUGGCUUAGAUGUCAAUUACAUUUCAACAUUUACUAAGCUCUUGCCUUCAGUUUCUGACAGCUACUAUGUAUAUCUAUGAUUUGAACUUGUUGAAUAGUGUUGUUAAAUGUUGUAUAUAUGUUAUAUAUUGUAUGAAAUGUACGGAGAAGAAAAAAUAAAAUUAUGAAAAAA